AGUACCCAGGGAAGCGCACCAGUUCCGCUGCUUGUGAAGCAUUAUCAGUAGGUUUAACGCAAUUGUUCUUUCGAAAAGAACAUCUCGAAGGUUAAUCAGUGUUCCGGUGUUGUGCUAGUGUUAAACGAACGUGUCCAUUGCCUACAAUGAGCGGCAAAAAGGGGCUCGAUCUGUUGCGGACCAUCGCCACCGUGAUGACCAAAACCAACGGGUACGAUAGAUGUUUGCAGCAGCUCGAAAUGGUCAGCGGAGGCGACGGACGCUGCACGGCCGAGUUUAAGGUCCAGGAGGAACACUUGAAUCGGGCCGGCGGUUUGCACGGAGGGUAUACCGCCACGAUCGUUGACGUGGUCACGACGUACGCGCUGAUGACGAAGGAAAAUGCAGCACCAGGCGUGUCGGUGGACAUACACGUGAGCUAUCUGAAGGGUGCCCGGCAGGGCGAUGAAGUCAUUAUCGAUGCGAACACAGUCCGCGCCGGUAGAAAUUUAGCAUUCCUCGAGUGCGAACUGCGUCACAAGAAGGAUAAUUCAAUCAUUGCCAAAGCAACGCACACCAAAUAUAUAGGAAGUAGUUAAAACGUUAGCAUAUCUAAAGGCGAAAGCAUGCAACACAAAGGGUAUGGUAGAAAAACGAAAAGGGGGUUAGGUGAUAUGGUUUAGGUUGUUAUCUUUCGUUAUCUAUUAUGUUUUAACCACCGCUCUUAACUGUUUCUUUAGUAGCUACAAUAAAACGCAAACCAACUGUACAAC